AUGCCACCAAAAGCAGCUAAAAAAGGCUCAGCCAGAACUUCGGUUGUCAACAAGAACUGGGAGGCGGGUCUCACCGGGGCUCAGGUGGAAGAGGGGUCCUGGCAGGUGUGUGUGUCUUUGGUGGUCGGAAGGAGUCCAGAGGAUGAGGAACGGACCCGGGCUUUGUCUUUGGCUGUACACAAACCACUUCGCAAACAUUUUAACUUGUUGACCUGGGAGAGCACCAUCGCCAAGAUCCAUGAACUGGGGAACCCCAAAGCGAAAAGACCCGAUGACAUCCCCAUGUAUUAUGAGGUUACAGAGUCUGCUAAGGUUCUGCUGGAUGCAGGAGAGGAGAUUCCUUGUGACCUGAUGGCUAAAAUACUGAAGUUCCAGCUGCUACAUAUCAAAGCCAGUGAUCAGCAGAGGAGGGAAGCUGAGGCUGAGGAGGAGAAGGCAAAGGAAGGUCCUCCCCCCGCCAGCAAGGACAAAGGAGGGGCCAAAGUCUCUAAUAAAAAAGGAAAGAGUCUGACCCCACCUGUGGCACCUACCAAGGAGAAGAAGACCAACCUCCAAACCAGGGAUGAUGUUAAGUCACCAAAGUUCAUAGAUGACAAACCGCAGGAUGGUCCUCAACACUACAUCCUGCUGCUGGGCUUCUACCAGCCCCACCUGAUUGGGGCGCUUGAUGCCAUCGGGGUACAUGUUUCCAAUGUCAUUAAGUUGUGUUCGGAACGCACACAAACGUCUGAGGGACAGCAGGAACAGCACCCCUGUGAGGACAAUGAGCAGAAUCUGGAAGCUUCUCCUGUUUUGGAUGCAGAAGCCAAGGUUCAUGGUAGUGUAGAGCUGGCUGCGCAGGCCAGGAAGUUGGAUCUAUUCUGGUCAGGUCUGAGACCAGUUUUGGACAGCGGGCCAUCCCACUCUAAGCUUCAUGAUGUGGUUCAGCUCAGCUACACUGUCCCAGAUCUCCGGCCUCCGUUCCACACACAACACCCCGAGGCUGAGCUGGAGAUGGGAAGCCAAAUCUUUAAGGGUGUGGCCAAUGUCAUCUAUGAGUGUCUGCGCUGGCGCAGGCAACAUCAGCACUACCUGGACAACGUCAGACUCAUCUGUGUACCCACUGUUGUCGGGUUGGAUCCACAGCCUGCAGAGGUUUUGCCAAUGCCUCUCUGCAUGACUCCAGGCUCCAAGAAGAAAUCAGCGCGGGAGGAACCAGACCAAGAGGCCGAGCAGCCUUCUCUCUCUAAAGAUGUGGACAUGCGUUACUAUAGCAACCUGCUUGACCUGGUUCCCCCUGAAGACUGCUCUGUGCCUCUAAUCAUGCACUGUAUGCUGGAACAGGUGGUGAUUUCAACAGAGCAGUCUUUGUCCGCACUGUCCCAUGUGGCUGAGGAGCUCCAACCACAACAUGGUGCCGGGUUAGAGUAUGAUCUGGUCAGCUUCAUGCUCCAGAGCUUUCUGCCUCUGGUAUACACACAGGAGGAGAGAAGCCACAUGUUAAAGAGCUUGCUGACUACGGUACAGAAUGAAGAAGUUAAGAAGAGGCUGGUGGAGAAGUUUGGAGCAGAGGAGAUGCAGAAGAAGUCUGAGCACCCUCUAGUCAUCAGAUGCCAUGAUGAGAUGGCACUGCGCUUGAGAGAUAUCAGUGCGGUUCAGGGUUUUGAUCCAGCCGAGGUGGAGUUGUCGAUGAUGAGGCGGUCUCCAGUGUGGGAGCUGAUCCACUCCGUAGCUCAGCGGAGGAACAGCAGCUCCUGCUGGAUGGCAACCAAACAGCAGCUCCAACACUACUGCACAGAUGAUGUUGUGUCAUGGCCGGAAGUGGAGAGAUUAAUUCAUCAGAGCGUGUUUGAGAGUAUGCCACUGACCAGGCUGGACCAAAAGGGUGUACUACUGAAUGCUCCUGGACAACUGGAAACAUCGGGACCAGCAGAGCAACAGACACCCACAAUCAUCCCCUGGGACAACCCACUAUCCUACGCUAAACAGCAGCUUAAAAACCUACGGACUAAAGGUCCGACAUUUCUCACUGAAGAUCCUGGUAACACAGAGCAGAUCAGUGGGAGAGUGUGUUGCCAGCUGGACUUAUCUGACAUUCAGAGUUGGAGGCUGAGAUCUCUGUUUGACUGGCACUAUGCCGAACACCACAAUGCCUCAGUCUUCCCACAGGUACUCCAGUUAGCCUCAGAAGAAUACCGCUGCUUGGACACCUUCAGAGGAAGUCAUGACAACAUCCUGUACAUAUUUUGUCACAAUCCAAUGAGCCCCUACCGCCAGUGCAAAGACUUCUGGGAUGUAGCCCUUCACACUGAUGUCAAGUUCAGGACGUACGUGGAGCAUGUGGCAGAUCGCAUUUCAGAUUGGACAAAAGAGGAAGAAUUAAAGAGAGAGGCAACGCAACUCAGAAAUCUCAGACCUGUUGAGUCUCCAGCGGAUCAAAAGGCUACAAAUUCUGCAGAGGAGAAGGACACUCUGGAACUGGUUAUCAGAAAAAGCUCCCUUAAAGCCUGGAAGUUGGCGCAGGAGCAGCUAGUGGAGGAGGACAAGGCCAAGAAAUCAAAGCAGGACAAUGCACCAAAAGGCAAGCAGCCAAAGGAGGAGGCUAUGUCAACGGAAAUCAAAAAAACUUUGAAGAAGAGCAGAUCGGAGACAGUAGGCAGCUCAGCCAAGACUCCCUCAGAGUCCAUUACGACCACAGCACCCGCUGUGGAGGAAAACAAAAAACUGCAUUCGACAGAGGAGUCCUUCAAAGGUUUCACAGGCUACAGUAUGGAUGGAAAGUUGAUCCAUGUGUCAGGUCGUUGCCAGUACCUUUUCCCUUCAGAUGGAGGACGCGUCACCGUGGAGAAUGUCAGCUACAUUGAAGGUUCCAGCCUAAUGAAAGUGGCUGUGAAGAAGGAUGGGCAUCAUUUCAACACAUACGUCGACCAAAUUGUUGUUAAUCCAGCAAAACCUCUCCCUCAGCCCCAGGACAAAGAAACCAAAAUGUCGGAGCCUGUGGAGAUGAAAAGAGUGAAACAGGGCUCCCUCUCAGCAGUGUUAGCCAAUGGAAUCCACCUCUCAUACAGUUUCUACGGUCCCACAGGAGAAUACAGAGUGAGUCCUCAGGAAACAGAGCAAGGCACCCCAGAGACCUCCACCUUUGCCCCCAUCCCUCUCUGCUCCACCCACCACUCCAAGGGGACAGACCUGGUGUCACUUCCCUCCAAGACACACAGCUCAGCCGGCCACUCCAGACCUCCAGAGUCCCAGUCUAAGGUGUGUGAAGGCCGGCCAGCAUUGCUAUCAAGUCCAUUCAACAGUCUGAACCUGUCUGUUCCUAAUGGCCUGCUGCUGCAAUUGCUGAGAGAGGAUACACAAGAAGAGCAGGGUAUGUUGGUGAAACAGUGCUUUCCUCUUCAUGGUAGGGGAGUUGUAGGGCAGCUUCAGGACCCUUCUCUCUCCAAAGAGCUGUCCCGCAUUGUCACCAACCAAGGAACUGUAAUCCGAUACAUGAGAGACGGGUCCACAGAGGUUCUGUUUCCAGAUGGCUCAGUCAGUUUCAGCCAGGAUUCUGGUCCGGUGUGGGUUCCUGACUCUGACAUUGAGGAGGAAAACACCUCUCAAGAAACUGAGGAAAACAAGAAUGAGCAGAGCUCAGAGAAGGAAGCUGAUGCUCAGAGAGGCUGUUGGUUAACCACAACUCCAUCUGGAGCUCGCAUCUACACUGUGGGGACCACACACAAACACAUACCCACCACGCCUCUUCUGGCCAUCAAGGCUACAGACCCCAUAACCCAUGAGGUGAUGCUGAGCCGGGAGGAUCUGGUGGUUUCUGUCCAGAACCCAGACAGAUCUAUAAGUGUAGAACAUGCAGACGGAACCAGGAUCACCAGUCUGUACCAAGACAGACCAGCAAGCACAAAGCAACACAUACUGCUGCACACAGGGGAGCAGUCUGAGAGCGUGACCCUUAAAUCAACUCCUGAAUGUGCAUGCGGCUGCACUGAGUGUGUGUGUGUCACGCGCUGUGCGGACAGCUUUAAUGAAAACAUGCACAUCCAAGAUACUUGUGACAAUGGAGAAAAGAUUAGCGGGGACAGUGCUGGACAUGCUUGUACAGUGAUGAGUGAGUGUGAGCCUGAAAGAGAAACUAGUGUGGAUAAGAAUGGUGAGGAGAACAUGUUUGCAGAAGACACGGUGGCUGAGAAUGGUAAGAGGAGUGGAUAUGAGAGCGAUAAGGGGAGUGUGUUUACCAAGGAGCGGGUGAUGUUGGUGGAGAAGGAGGGCUGCGCCACAGUGGUGAUGUACCCAGAGCGACACACGGCUCAAGUCUUUUUAGCAGAUGGAACUGUCAUCACUGGAAACAACCAAGGAGCCUAUCAGGUGUUCCCAUCCAAUGUGGGUCUCCUACAGAUCCAAAGUGAUGGAAAAUGUGUGUACUCUUCCGACCCACUUGUAACCUCCAGUUCAAAGGGUGGCACUCCUACAAACCAACCAGGAAGCUACACCAUGAGUCACACAGACACAGUGGUCUGUGACAUUACAGACCCUGAUGGGAACCACUUCCAGGUGAUGGAAGAUGGGCAGUUAUCAGUUUUCAACUGUAGCCCUGCUCCAAGCACACAACAGGAUGAGGAGGAGCCAGAGGAGGAGGAUAGAGAAAUGGCCAGGAUUACUGUAAAACACAGAGAACAUUGUCCCAGGCUGUUUCUGGUGCAUGAGAACGGCUCAGGUACUGAACUACUGAGCUCUCAAACUGUAGAGGAAGUGCUCUACCAGGCAUAUUCUGACCCUACCAUAGCCGUGCUGAAGGAACCACUGCCAGACUCACAAGAUAUGUUUGGCAUAACCAUCCUAAAGCCCAGCCACCAAAGUGUGUGGUCCCAGUGGUUGCUAGGGAAACAAAAGCCUGACAUCACCCCUCCCAACCUCAGAAACCGCAGCUGGCAUGACUUCCCUAGACUAGAGGUACAGAAAAAGAGCCCAGGUCCUCCCUUUGGUACUGAUAUUGGACGAGGUUUGAGUCUGAGAGAGGGGUCCGGUGGUUCUGAAGCUGAGCGUCAACCUGUGAGGAGCUGCCCUAAAGUUGUGGAGAUAAGGGAACUGUACCAGCACCGGCCAUUCACCACCCCACUCAGAAAUACUGUAGACACACGCCUGAAGGAAUACAUCGAGACUUUGAUGGAGAGGGAGCAGCGAUCAGAGGACAUGAAAGUCAAAGACCCGCGCACUGAGGAGGAGAGUGUUAAUGCCAGUGAUCUGCUCAAUCUGGUCCUGUCUUUUGCAGAAGUGGAUGCAGGUCACACCCUAGACAAGAGGACUUCAGUGGACAUAGCCAGUCAGUACAGCCAAGGAGUUGGAGCCCUACAUGAGCAGUCGGACGUUUCAGAAGACACAGCUACAGUGGCUAGUGACAGUUUUACUAAUGGAAAGGAGUCAAAAUGGACUGAAAGACUUGCACAGUACAGACAGGAGAUGUGUGAGGAGCAGGCUUAUAGGGAAGCUCUGAGGAAGAACAACAUUGUUCCUUUUUUCCACCCAGAAAAUAUUCUCUUAUACCAGAAUCUGCUGCAGCACCAAACGCCAGCCUUUAGGAGCCUGUCCACGGAUCUCCCUCCACUCUCCAAGUCAGACAGGGCUGAGGCCUUCCUAAAAGAUGCCCCACAGGAGAACACCCCACGGCCCUUAAACCCAACACCCUCUCAAUCUGCAAGUCAUGCAGGAGGAAGUGAAAGGAUGCUUAAAAAAAGACCCACCAACUCUACGCCUCAGACUGCUGGUGAAAGCAGACCUGGGCAUUCCUCUGGGCAACGCAAGUCGAUCCAGGUGGAUGUGACUGGAAAGCUCAGGAGGACUAAAGUCAAACUACCAACCUCUAUCCUCAGCUCUAAGCCUCGCAGCGUACCAAAUCAACAGUACCUGUCUGUGGAAGAGCCAGUGAGGAGGAAGUGUCGAACAAUUUCUCAGACUGAUCCAAACGUCGUAGUGAGGGGAUUCCAGCUCCUACCGUCCAGUGUUGACUUUGGCACGCUGCAGGAGGGCACCUCCUCGACCAUUACUGUGGUGAUGAAGAAUGUGGGUGUUGACACCUGCAGGUUCCAUGUGAAGCAGCCUCCACCUGCUACAGGCCUCCGUGUCAUCUACAAUCCUGGGCCCGUGGCUGCAGGUUUGCAUGUUAAACUGCAGGUCCAGCUGUUUGCCAUGUGUGAAGUCCAAGCAGGUGAGCUAGAGCCAAAGAAGUACAUGUCCCAGGAUAUCAUCAUCCACACUGAGACAGACAUCCUCUACCUGCCUGUCACUGCUGCCGUCCUUCCUGAGGGGUUAUAUGACAUUUGGCACAAGGACCACACCAGGACACCCUACAAGAAAGACUCCAGGGUCAGUCAACUGUCUUCCAGCCUACCUGCUGGACAGGGGUGCGGUACAGCCACACUGACGACUCGGGACACUCCUGACCAGUCCUUCAGCAAACAUGGGACACCCUAAUCGUACCACUCUUCUGUGUGGAAUCAUCCUCAUCCUACCACACUCCUCUCUGUUAGUCCACAAACAUUUAGUAUUUUAAUGGAUUUUUAUAUUCACCCUUGUUCAAAAUAAAAUCUUCAUCAACACUGAAAUUAU